AUGCUUGCAGAAUCGCCAGAUGCUAUUACACUUCGGCUCAAGCAUGUUAUCUCGAGUUGUUUUGUGCUUGACAGUCUCUUGGCCUUACAUCUCAAACGGCGCCCGUACCUCGACAGGGCCGAUCUUUCGUGGAUGGGCAAGAUAGAGGAAGAUGGCAUGGAAGAAUGGCAGCCAUGGAGUGGGCAUCUCAAUCUUGGUCCAUCACGUCUGUCAAACUCUCCGACACUCGCUUUGAGCACUUUCAACGCUCUUAUGGAACUGGUUGACAUUCUCCGAUGUACGUCCAUGGAGCGGACAGCGCCAAACUUUCUACAUGAAAUGAUUGGCCGACUUGAGAUGUGGAAGUCUGCGUUACCACCAAAACUCGAUUAUAUUCGGAAAGAUCCACCUUCUACACCACCGACCCCACCUGCAUUGCUGCUCCGAUUCACUUAUCUCGUCACUGCUUUUACUCUCGUUCCAUCUCAGGCAUGGCUUCAGCAGAUCUUGGACAUGUUAAACAUUCUACAACAGCAGCUUGGGGUCACAAGAAUGCCAGCUGUCAUCACCUGCUUAUUACAAAGUAUCAAGAGAAGCACUAAUAGUCUGGCUCUGGAUCAACCGACACAUAGUCGAAUUCACGAGUUAUUUGCUGCUCUUGGCCAUUCAUCACAAGAGACUUCGGACAGGGCAUCAUCGGGUUUGCGAUCGAUAUCGGUCACUUUAAGAGACGCGUCUUCGGAGGAUUCUGGAACCGUUCAGACCUCUCCGCAGUCUCUCGUCUCACAACAUAGCGGUCCGUUCACCGAUCGGUACCAGCAACCGCCCAACCAGUCUACUAUGGUCCAUCCAGAUAUGAACGUUAGUCAUGCAGGUCACAGUCUGCAACCAUUUGAACCCAACCUAUUCGAUUUUGGAAUGGCCGGCCCGAUCUUCGACCCCCAUGAUCCUUAUAAUGCUUUAGUCUCGGGUGAUUUGGGAAGUUUCCUCGACGACUUCGCUUCAAAGCAUGGUGCCAAGAAAUUACAAAACCAACCGCAGUUUAUGGAGAACCUCGGAUUUUCAUCGGAAGUAAGCAUGGCCGAUCUAUUGGCGGCUGAUACUGGCCGUUUCAUGCCUACUGCGUCGAACCUAGGCGUAGAUAACAGCGAGGAAUCUCCUCAAUUCCCGCUCAACACUUUCUACGAUGCUGGGUGA